GGUCUCCACGAGUGCGGCAGCAUCGUGCAGAUCACACCAGAUUCCCUCAUCUACCGCACGCUCCUCAACUACGACCCCAGCCCCGCCAGCAACCCCGUCAUCAUCCGCAGCAACCCAGCCGUCAUCCCCAUCGAGUGCCACUACCCCAGGAGGGAGAAUGUGAGCAGCAACGCCAUCCGGCCCACCUGGGCUCCCUUCAGCUCCACGCUGUCGGCAGAGGAGAGGCUGGUGUUCUCCCUCCGCCUCAUGAACGAGGACUGGAGCGCCGAGAGACCCUUCACCGGUUUCCAACUGGGCGAUAUCCUCAACAUCCAAGCGGAGGUGGGCACUGAGAGCCACGUGCCGCUGCGGUUGUUCGUGGACAGCUGCGUUUUUUUUUGCACCGACUCCUCACCCCACUACGCCAUCAUCGACUUCAACGGGUGCCUGGUUGAUGGGAGGUCGGAUGACACCAGCUCUGCUUUCAUCACCACCCGGCCCCGGGAGGACGUCCUGCGCUUCAGGAUCGACGUGUUCAAG